UACACAUCAUGUCAAUAUAAUAAAUACCUCUUGAGACGGCAUUUCGGGUUAUAGCGCGCUUGGUAGAUCACUGUGUGUAUACAAUUAGUCUUACAUUCACGAAGUAUAUGAAGCACGAGGGAUGUUGUAUGUAAGUGAAAGAACCACGACCGAUAUUAUACAUGUAUGCGAAUAUAUGCAGAAGCAAAACCACAGACAUCUAUUGAAGGCUACGGUGCGUGAUCACGUUCAAGCAUAUACUUCGUAAAUUCCAACUUCGAAGUACCACCGAUUGAAGCCAACAAAAUACAAUUGCAAAAUACAAGCUAAUUAUGCGACUUGACAAAUUAUUGCGACCGGGUUUAGCCCAAACCAAAGCAUAUACUUCUCACUUAUAUCCUUCUACGCAGCCGUUGUGUAUCUUUCAUGAGAAAGGGGUGCGACGAAGGGAGCAUGGUACUAUAGACAAGUCAGGUAGUGAAAAGCCAAGGUCGCAUCACAAGUUUAAAUACGGAUCACUGGGGCCACCUGAGAAGACAUCGCGAGUCAGACCAUUAACCUUAACUAAGGCCAAAAAUGAAACUGAAGCGGAAAAGUUUUACCGGUUGAAACGAAUGGAGUUACAGACUGAGCAUCACAAAUUUUGGUUGGAAAAUAAUCAAAAAUUUCUCGCGGGCAAGGAAGCGUUCGAGAAGGCUAAAAGAACGGCUAAUGGUGAUGAGCCCAUCAAUGCUGAUGAUUUCGCAGAAUUCUACACCAAAUUUCUGAAGGAAAACGAGAAACGAAUGAGAGAAUACAACUUGUGGUGGUGUAAAAAGAACUUCACCAUGUUGAUUCCAGCAGCUCGUGCGAACUUCUACUACUACCAACGCAUAGUCACUAAUAGGUGGUACAGUUGAUUUUGCUAUAUUAAACAUUCAGACACGCGUCAGAAACUAACGGUGUACGAAUCCUGUGUAAGAACCAGUUCAUUCUACUGUACUGUGGGCACUUUUCGUUUCCAUCUGUAAGAAUAACCCGCAGACCCCAACUGGUGAUAUAUUUAAACACCAGUGAUGAAGUAUUAUUCAGAUUUGUUGCACCAUGCAG